GGAUAUGCAAAAGUGCGCAGGAGCCGAGCAAAGAAAUCCAAGCAAAGAAAGGGACGUAAGCAGCCAAAAAGAGCAUCUGUUGGAUCUUUGCAUCAGUGGAACAAUGAGAAACCCGCCGUUGUUCCCUUAAGAAGGAAAGGAAAAGCUGCAGGAAAAGAGCCCUGGCGAUCGAGCCUCCAAAAAUGACGACAGCGGGACGGUGAUAUUCUUCUUCUUCUUUGCAUCAAGCUCUAUAUUAAUAUUUUUAUUUUUUACCAUAUGCCUGGAGUUUAUCUCAUGUGUGCUCAGAGCACAAAGGGAAGGACUGGGGAACCGAAUUAUCUCCAACACAGUCGCCAGUGCGCGCGGGGAGGUUUCGUUUAAUUGAAUCGAAUAAUUACGCAGAGACGUUUAUAUUAUUUGUGUUUCACAGGGCGCAGGGAGAGAGGGGGGAUUUAAGUUUCCAAUGAAAACUUACUGCGAGUGCGGCUCCUGAGCAAGUCGUUUAAAGCCUCAGCUUUCAAAGGGGAGAGAGAUGAGCGAUUCACUGCGCACUAACUGGUAAAGCUGUAAAACCUGGACUGCGACUGGCGCGUUUGGGUACCUCAUCCUUGAGAGUCUCUAUUUUUUUAAUGUAUUUAUUUCUGAUGGCUUCUUGUUAAGUCAUGCGUUAUUAAGAUUUCAUGGCUAUAGAGAGUACCAACAGCGGAGUGUGGAGAAAGAGGACAGCAGGAGUCUAACAGGAGGGCUAAAGACAUCAUACUUUUCCAAACAGGAGACAUUGCGCACGGCUGCAGCAACUACCAGACUUUUUUUUUAUUUUUUUUUCUUUUCUUUUCCAAGAACACUGAAUCCUUUGGUAUUUCUUUCUGUCAUCGUAGUAUGUCUGCACUUCGAAAGAAAUUUGGGGACGAUUAUCAGGUAGUGACCACCUCCUCCAGCGGGUCCGGAUUCAGUCAGCCCCCCCCAGAGAAAAAGAAGAAGAGGCAACGCUUUGUGGACAAGAACGGACGUUGCAACGUCCAGCAUGGGAACCUGGGCGGCGAGACGAGCAGGUACCUCUCGGACCUGUUCACCACGCUGGUAGACUUGAAAUGGCGCUGGAAUUUGUUCAUCUUCAUCCUCACCUACACCGUGGCUUGGCUCUUCAUGGCCUCCAUGUGGUGGCUCAUCGCCUACAUCAGAGGAGACCUCAACAAAGCGCACAACGACAAGUACACUCCAUGUGUGGCCAACGUGUACAACUUCCCCUCUGCCUUCCUGUUCUUCAUAGAGACCGAAGCCACCAUAGGCUACGGCUACAGAUACAUUACAGACAAAUGCCCCGAGGGGAUCAUUCUGUUUCUGUUCCAGUCCAUCCUCGGAUCGAUCGUCGACGCGUUCCUGAUCGGCUGCAUGUUCAUCAAGAUGUCUCAGCCCAAGAAGAGGGCAGAGACGUUGAUGUUCAGCGAGCAUGCGGCGAUCUCCAUGCGUGAUGGGAAACUCACGCUCAUGUUCAGGGUGGGAAACUUGCGUAACAGCCAUAUGGUCUCUGCACAGAUCCGCUGCAAAUUGCUCAAAUCUCGCCAGACUCCUGAGGGCGAGUUUCUUCCACUGGAUCAGCUGGAGCUGGACGUAGGUUUCAGCACUGGGGCUGACCAGCUCUUCCUCGUCUCGCCACUCACAAUCUGCCAUGUGAUUGACACCAAAAGCCCCUUCUACGACCUCUCACAAAGGUCCAUGCAAACGGAGCAGUUUGAAAUUGUGGUGAUACUAGAAGGCAUCGUGGAGACCACAGGGAUGACCUGCCAGGCGAGGACAUCGUACACGGAGGACGAAGUUCUCUGGGGACACCGGUUCUUUCCUGUCAUCUCCUUGGAGGAGGGCUUCUUCAAGGUGGACUACUCUCAGUUUCAUGCCACCUUUGAGGUGCCAACUCCUCCUUAUAGCGUGAAAGAGCAAGAGGAGGCCCUCCUUCUAUCCUCGCCCCUCAUGGCGCCCUCCCUGUGCAACAGUGGGGAGAAAAACAGCUCCCUGGACUGCCUGGAGACGCUUGAGGACAAUGACAGCACCACCAAGCUGCCUACCAAGCUGCAGAAGAUCACGGGCCGGGACGGUCUGCCCAAGAAGCUGUUGAGGAUGAGUUCUACCACCUCAGAGAUGACUUACAGCUUCGGAGACCUGCCCAUGAAGCUGCAGCGAAUCAGUUCGGUCCCCGGUGUCUCUGAUGACAAACAGGCUGGGAAGGCCAAGAUCAACACAGAGCCCAUCAGUAAGUCGGUGGCGGACUUGCCCCCGAAGCUGCAGCGACUAGCUGGGGGAGGAGGCGGGAGGAUGGACGGACACUUGCCACCCAAACUUAGGAAAAUGAACUCAGAUCGCUUUACAUAAAGCACACAACAAAUUUAAACUCCUGCUAACUCCUUUUUUUUCUGAACCUGAAAUCCUUGUUCUAUUCCGUAUUUAUUCACGGACAAUAUUCUUAUAUUAAAGGAGCUGUAGAAUACUUGCACAAAUACCUUAUAUAAAUUAGGGGGAUGGAAACGAGCACCUUUGUCCCUGGAUGUAAGUAUUCUUGCUCUAAUGAAAGACCUCAGAUUUAUUCAUGUUUCUUUCUCUUUCUGUUUUUUUUUUUGUUUUGUUUUGUUUUUGUUUUUUUAGGAUGAUGUACUAUUAGCACAAUUUGGCAUGUAAGAAGCGACGCAUGUAGAACCGAUUCUCAGUUUCUGGCAUGACAGUUUGUUGAUUUCACAAAACAAAGACCAAAAAAAAAAAAAAAAAAUUCAUUAGUGAAUUUACAGACAGUGGACAAUUGCACAAAGCCAUAUGAUUUACACCACUGAAAACUUACAUUACACUGGUUCUAAUCUGUAGUGAAGAAAGGCACAUGUUUGUUUUGAGUUGAUUGCUUUUGUUGUUUACUGUAAUUGUGGCAAUGUUACAUUGGUUGCAUGCUCCUCUUACUGACUUAGCUAUACAAAGGUAAUAGACAAAGAUGUUUAGCCUUAACUAUAUUACCUUGCUCCCAUUUUCAUGUUUGUUCACAACUGUAUUUUUGGUAUUUCAUAUACAGACUAUUUUACCAUGUGCGCUUUACAGAUUUUAUCUGACUGAAUACAGAAAGUGCUGCUAGAUGAUGCAUACUAUAUUUACAAAUGCGUUAUUAGCAUCAGUAAAACUGGGCACAACGAUACACAAUUUUCACUUGCUUAUUGAUGUAACACUUAAGUUGAAAUACUCUAUAGCUCUAACCGAUAAGCACAAAACAGUCAUAUAAAUCCUUAAGAUGUUAGAAAGCCUUUCUUGUCUCAUCAUGUACCAAAAUGCAAUCUUAAGUAAGCCAGUGCUGCUUUAACAAGGGCACCAUUAGACUUUCAACUUAUGUGUUACUGGUUAGAUUUGGUGGGCCUGUUAAAAAAAAUUAAAUAAUCUUUGUUUUUAGGGACCAUAAUAUUCCUCCUUUGUGAUAAAAGCAAUAAUAUUAUAAAAACUACAACCUACAGCCACAGGGUCUACCACACCCCCUAUGAUUGUUUUGUUUUCUUGAUCUGUGCCAUAAAAUCUGAUUUUCUCUAAAUGCAUCAAAGACAUUGUAAAAUAACUGAUCUAUUCAGGAA